CAACUACCAGCAGUUGGGCUUCUCGUGGUUGAUCGCAAACAAACAUUUGCGGCAACGUCUAUGAAGCCGGUGGUCUUUCAAGAAGGCUCUUGUGAACAGUGAUGUCAGAAUGGAGAUUCCCCCUAACACAGCCUUGUCAGGGUACCUAGUCCUGAAGCCUAACCUCAAAUCCUGGAUGGAAGUGAGGGGGUUGCCAUGGAUGCCAGUUAUCCAGGGUUUGGGUUUGAGUCAAAAAGACAGAAGCUCAGUUGUGCGCUCUUCCUCUUAUGUCUUCCUUCUGACCGGCUUUUCUGAAGUAGAACAAGAAGUGGAAAUUAAGCAGGAACAUGAAAAGCCAUGUGUCCAAGCCCCCAAGGUAUCUCGGAAGAGCCAGGCCUUCCCGGCUGUCCCGUCCGAGUGCAGACCAGCACCCCAGUUUCAACCUGGACUGUCCCCUCCCGGUGGGCGUCAACGAUGUGCAAGAAAACCAGCUCAGAUGCCGGUGACCUUUGAGGAUGUGGCCGUGUAUUUCUCUGAGGCACAGGGGACUUUGCUGGACCCUGACCAGAAAGCUUUAUACAGGGAGGUCAUGUUGGAGAAUUAUGAGAAUGUGGCCUCACUGGGGGGGACGCCAAAGCCUGAACUCAUCAUCCGUCUGGAACGGGGAGAGGAGCCGUGGAUGUCAGACCCUGGAGAUGUUCCAGUCUCAGGUGACUUCAGGAAAAGCCAUUUGUGCCUGGAAUGCGGGAGAAGAUUUGCUUACAGAGCGAAUUUUCUCCUGCAUCAGAAAGCCCACAGCCGAGAGAAGCCCUUUAAGUGUCUGUGGUGUGAGAAAUAUUUCUGUUGGAAAGCCGGCCUUGUGAGGCAUCAGAUGGUCCACAUGAAAGGGAGACCUCAUAAGUGCCUGGAAUGUGGAAAAUGCUUUCAUUGGAAAUCGCUGCUCUUGAGACACCAGGAAGUCCAUGCUGGAGCAACGUGAGACAAGGCUUAAAACUGCCCAGAGCGUGGCAGAUCUAUACUGUGGAGCUUGGUCCUGGUGAGACAUCUGUAUGCGAGAGAGACCUUAUCAGCAUUUGGAAUGUGGAAAAUGUUACGCAUGGAAAGACCAUCUUUGGAUGCACAAGAAAACACACAUGGGAGAGAAGCCUUUCAAAUGCUUGGGACUGUCAGAAGUUUUGCUUACCUCUCCCACCAGAAAUCCCAUAUGAAAGAGAAAUUCUAUAUGCAAAGGUUAACUUUCCUGGAUUUUAUCAGAAACCCCCAAAGCUCUAUGUGAAAUAGAACCUCCACUAUUGGAUCUUUGAUGGGAACUCGCCCUCGUUUGUCUCCUACCAUUCCUUGAUAAAAAGAUUGGUUACAACUGCCUGGCCUAGCUCUGGUUGUAAAUAAUGGCUUAGCUCUAGUUGUAAAUAACUUUCACCUCAACACUUCCCACUCAUCUCAAUGGGAAAUAUUGAAAUUACCCCAUUGAGUACAUAGGAUAUCGAAGGCCUUGGUUUUAGCUGGAGUGUAUUAUCUGAAGUCUUCAACGUUUGCUCUGUGCCAUUUACUCAGCGGUUGUCACAGCAACCAUGUCAAGGUAGCCUCCUUGUAAUUCAGAGGGGAAAGAGAUGAGGUUGAAGGCCAUUGAGUUCAUGGCUGAAGCCUGAUUCCUACUGUGGCCUUCACAGACUGUACUGAUAGCCGCUACCACUGCCCAGAAUUUCUCAGUAGGUUGAACUGGGAUUCUGAAGGUAGCUUUGACCUUUCCCCUCUCUGCUGUGGUAUAGUGGUUAGUCUCAGGCCAGAACUGGAAAGA